GCCGCGCCCGGAGCCGCCAUGAGUCGACUCGACCGGGUGGCUUACGUGCGGCCGGCCGAGCCCGCCUUCCUGGCCCGCCUGAGGGAGCGCGUGGGCCGCGCGGAGGGGCCGACCGUGGACACCAAGAGAAUUCAGCCUCUGGUCCCAGAUGAAGAUGGUGACCGCAGUGACCAAGAAGAUGAACAGCCCCAAGUGGUGGUUUUAAGGAAGGGAGACCUGACAGCUGAUGAGGUCAUGAAGAUCAAAGCAGAAAUAAAAGCAGCCAAAGCAGAUGAAGAACCAGCUUCAGCUGAUGGAAGAAUCAUGUAUCGAAAGCCAGUCAAGCGUUCCACUGGUGAAAAAUAUUCCGGAUUAACAGCAAGUUCCAAAAAGAAGAAGACAAAUGAAGGUGAAACAGAUAAACAGGACUCAGUUAAAAAGAACACACAGAAGCAAGUCAAAAACAGUAGUCUCCUUUCAUUUGACAAUGAAGAUGAAAAUGAUUAAGUGUUUUGGACUUAGUCUUCUUUAGGGAUUUUAAUAACACUUUUCCUAUUAUAAGAAUAACUUCAAGUUCAAUAUGAAAAUUGAGAAAAACCGGGGAAUCAGAUUAGCAAAAUAAAAACUGUCCAGUACUCCUCUGACUUGAAAUAGCAACUCUGGGGCGGAGGGUAGAUAGCAUAAUGGUUAUGCAAAGAGACUCUCACGCCUGAGGCUCCAAAGUUCUAGGUUCAAUCCCCCGCACCACCAUGAGCCAGAGCUGAACAGUGCUCUGGUUAAAAAAGAAAAAAAGAAAUAGCAACUCUAAAUUUCCCUGUGAACGUUUUGUUAUUUCCUCUGUGUGGGGUGGUGAUGGUGUAUAUGUAUAUAAAUAAUAUUUUUAACAAAACUGAAACUAUUCUGUAUGUUUUCUGUCCUGCUUUGCACUUGACGUUAUGAGAAUUUUCCGGUCCAGUAAAAUUCAUUUCCCUAGA